UAGUCCAUGUGCAUGUGAGUAUCUUUUAAGUGCGCACCAUCAUCUACUGCGCAAGCUCAUGCUUGGCCACACGUGCUUGAGAGUUGUGCAAGACAGUCCAAAGAUCUUUGUCUCUAUCGAUAUCCGACAGAAUCCAGCUUAACCUAUUACACUGACAGUUAUUUGAAUAGAAGAUCAAGUAUAGAUGUUGUUCCAGUUUUCAUUGACAAAGGACUCUGUCUCUGUGAAACUCAAACCAUCGCAAAUGAUGACUACCACGUUGGGAAAGGUGUUCAACCUUCAACCUGAUAGUAUUUUCCUUGUUGGGGAUGAUGGUAGUGUUGCUACAUCAGAAGAGGGAAAUUUUGAUACCUAUGAAAUGGACAAUGAAGUAACCUGGACAGUUGAUGGCAAUCCUGUGCGCUCAAACACAAUUAAGCAUAGCACUGAUCCAAAGUCAAAAUGGAAACCAGGCCCCAGCACAGUAACACCACUUCCUCCUAUUCUUUCCAAAAAGUCGAGCAGAAAGUCUGCUACCACACCUGUACCAUCGGCAUCAUGGGCGAAGAGCAUUGAAGUGUGUUCGUAUGAAGCCUCAACAGAUUCAAUCAAGAAGAACUUUAAUUUGCCAAUAAUCUUGACCGAAAAUACAGCAAGUGUACCUAAGCUUGCCGAUAUCACAUCAGCUGAGUCAUUUGAUGGAGAGCCGGUAGUGAUCCUAGAUAACGAAAACCUCAGGAUACCUGAUAGUCAAGGAACUAGAGGCUCUAAGUUUUGGAAGUCUACCCGCAAAAUUCGUGUGAUCAGCCAGACAGACUACUCAGCAUUUAAAGGAAAAACAAAAAUAGUUGUUCGUCUUCCUCCUGUGUCUGAUUCAGAGUCUGAUUGCGACCCUUCACUGUCUCCAAAACGUCGGCGAAUUGAUCAGAACGAAACUUCAGCAUUAUUAGUCAGCAAGAUAGAUGCAAUGGAGAAGUACUUAAAGGAUUCAAUUGCUCAAGUUGACAAAGUAGAUCAGCUCAAGAUGUCUCUUUCGUCCCUCAAAUCUGAACAUAGCCGAGUUGAAGAGGAAAAGCAGCAAGCUCAAGCACUUCUUAACAAGUUUAAGAAUGCUCUCUCAUGCAUAGUAUGCAAGUCCUUGGCCAAGUUUCCAUGGAAGAUCACUCCUUGCUGCCACAUCAUCUUGUGUGUGCAAUGUGCCGAUAGGUGGCUGGAUCUUGGCUCAUCUUGCCCUCAUUGCAGGGCAUUUCUUCAGUCAGACUCGUGCCAGAGUAUCUCUGAAUUAAACUCUCUCAUUUCAACUCAGGCUGAUUAGGAACUUCUCAACUUCCCUUCAUUUAUCAAUCAAGACUUUCAUCUUCAUUU